AGUAAAUAUUUGUUCCUUUUCUAUGAGUAGCACCUCGCCAUCAUCUGUUGCAGCUGCCAAUUCAGUGACCGCAGCAACCAAACCACCAAAGUGGAAUUCUCGUUAUGCUGGCUCUGUUCCUCACACUCUCGACUACUACUGGAAAUGCCUUCUAGGAGGUGCUGUUGCUUGUGGUACUACACACACUUCAAUGUGCCCUAUUGAUGUGGUGAAGGUUAACAUGCAGACCGAUCCGACUAAGUACACGAGCCUCUACCAGGGUUGGAAGAGCAUUCUUCACCAGGAGGGGCCCAGAGGCGUUUCUAAAGGCUGGUCAGCGACUAUGGUGGGUUACACGUUCCAAGGGAUGUUCAAAUUCGGCUUGAAUGAAGUCUUCAAGGACAUUUACAACAACAUGGUUGGCGAGGAGAAUUCUGUGAAGUAUCGCGGUUGGAUUUGGGCUGCCUCUGGUGGUAGCGCUGAGUUCUUCGCUGACCUGGCCCUUACUCCGUGGGAAAUGAUCAAGGUGAAGAUGCAGUGUUCUCCAACUGGUAGCUUCCCUUUGAAGCUCAGGGAUGGCUGGCACGAAAUGGCCGCACACAAGCUCGAGACUGGUUUCCCUUACGGCUCGUUGAAGCCUGUGUGGUAUAGGCAAAUCCCCUAUACUAUAGUGAAAUUCGUUGGCUUUGAAUUCGCGGCUGAACAGUUUUACAAAUACGUCUUCACUCGCCCUAAGGAUUCCUAUUCGAAGGCCACUCAGCUUGGCAUCACCUUCCUUUCUGGUUACGUCGCUGGUAUCGGAUGCGCCCUCGUCUCCCAGCCCGCAGACAAUUUAGUCUCUCAAAUGGCUAAGCCUGAGAACUUCGGCAAGUCUUUCAUGGAGAUGGCCAAACAGGAGGGCAUCAAGAAUCUGUUCCUGGCGGGCCUUGGACCUAGGAUCCUCAUGGUUGGUACUCUGACUGCUCUCCAGUGGUGGAUAUUCGAUGCCUGGAAGACUGCUAUGGGUUUGGGUACUUCUGGUGGUGGAGCUGUGAAGAAGUCUACUGUUAGCAAGAAGGAGUGAACUAAUUUCACUUAGUGAAUUUGUCAAGAAUAAUUUUCUAUCCAUC